AGCUGGAAACCAAGGGCAGCCUCUUUGAGGCUUUCAGUCACUAGCCCCCACCUCCUGAAGCUGUCUACAGGCAGAAGCCCUCGUUGUCUCACACCUAGGCACCAGUCCACAGAACCAUGAGCCAGGACAGCAAAGUGAAGACGACCGAGUCCAGCCCCUCUGCCCCAUCCAAGGCCAGGAAGUCGCUGCCAGUCCUGGACCCAUCUGGGGAUUACUACUACUGGUGGCUGAACACAAUGCUCUUCCCAGUGAUGUAUAACCUCAUCAUCAUCGUGUGCAGAGCCUGCUUUCCUGACUUACAGCACGGUUACCUGGUGGCCUGGUUUGUGCUGGACUACACGAGUGAUCUGCUGUACCUACUGGACGUCGUGGUGCGCUUCUACACGGGAUUCUUGGACCAGGGCAUCCUGGUGGUGGACAAGGGUAGGAUAUCGAGUCGCUACGUUCGCACCUGGAGCUUCCUCUUGGACCUGGCUUCGCUGUUGCCCACUGACGUGGCCUACGUGCAUCUAGGCGUGCACACACCCAUGCUGAGGCUGAACCGCUUUCUGCGUGCGCCCCGCCUCUUUGAGGCCUUUGAUCGCACAGAAACCCGCACAGCUUACCCAAACGCCUUUCGCAUCGCCAAGCUGAUGCUCUACAUUUUUGUGGUCAUCCACUGGAACAGUUGCCUCUACUUUGCCCUGUCCCAGUACCUGGGCUUCGGGCGUGACGCCUGGGUGUACCCGGACCCUGCUCAGCCUGGCUUUGAGCGCCUUCGGCGCCAGUAUCUCUACAGCUUUUACUUCUCCACGCUGAUCCUGACCACCGUAGGCGAUACGCCGCUGCCAGCGCGGGAGGAGGAGUACCUCUUCAUGGUGGGCGACUUCCUGCUGGCUGUCAUGGGUUUCGCCACCAUCAUGGGUAGCAUGAGCUCUGUCAUCUACAACAUGAACACUGCAGAUGCGGCUUUCUACCCGGACCACGCGCUGGUGAAGAAGUACAUGAAGCUGCAGCACGUCAACCGCUGGCUGGAGCGGCGAGUUAUUGACUGGUACCAGCACCUGCAGAUCAACAAGAAGAUGACCAAUGAGGUAGCCAUCUUACAGCACCUGCCCGAGAGGCUGCGGGCAGAAGUUGCUGUGUCUGUACACCUGUCUACUCUGAGCCGGGUACAGAUCUUCCAGAACUGUGAAGCCAGCCUGCUGGAAGAGCUGGUGCUGAAGCUGCAACCUCAGACUUACUCACCAGGUGAAUAUGUCUGCCGCAAGGGCGACAUUGGCCGAGAGAUGUACAUCAUUCGCGAGGGUCAGCUGGCCGUGGUGGCAGAUGAUGGCGUCACACAGUAUGCUGUGCUGGGUGCAGGCCUCUACUUCGGGGAGAUCAGCAUCAUCAACAUCAAAGGGAACAUGUCUGGGAACCGCCGAACAGCCAACAUCAAGAGUCUAGGUUAUUCGGACCUGUUUUGCCUGAGCAAGGAGGACCUGCGGGAAGUGCUGAGUGAGUAUCCACAGGCCCAGGCUGUCAUGGAGGAAAAGGGCCGUGAGAUCCUGCUCAAAAUGAACAAAUUGGACGUAAAUGCUGAGGCAGCUGAGAUCGCCCUGCAGGAGGCCACGGAAUCCCGGCUGCGAGGCCUUGACCAGCAGCUGGAUGAUCUGCAGACCAAGUUUGCUCGCCUCCUGGCUGAGCUGGAGUCCAGCGCACUCAAGCUUGCUUAUCGUAUCGAACGGCUGGAGUGGCAGACUCAAGAGUGGCCAGUUCCUGAGGAAACAGCCGAAGCCGAAGCCGAUGAUGAGGGCGAGCCUGGGGAGGGAACUUCCAAGCGUGGAGAGGACAAGCCUGGCCAAAAAGGAACCCCGGGCCCAGAGUGACCCCAUCCCUAACCUUAGGCCCCCCACUUCCAAGUGAAUUCAGAGUUGUAGGAAAGUCUGCCUGCAGAAACUCUGCCAUCCUAUCUGCUACGUUACAGAGAUGGGAGUGAAUUGGGUCUGCAGAUGCCCACCUGCGGAUGUAGACGUACAGCACAAGUUCAUCCCCGACUCACCAGCACGCACAUACAGUUGCACAUACACACA